UGGAGCAAAGUGGCCUCGCUCACGGUGCUGCUGCUGUUUGUGUUUUAUUUCAGGGGUUUUUUGUAACUUAGGAGGAGAAAUGUCGGGGAUAGACGCGCUCAACAUGAAGCUGCCCGCCAUCCAGUCCACGGCGGGAGCUGUGCCCGUGAGGAACGAGAAAGGGGAGCUCUCCAUGGAGAAGGUGAAGGUGAAGCGCUACAUCUCCGGAAAACGUCCCGACUACGCCCCCAUGGAGUCGUCUGACGAAGAGGACGAAGAGUUUCAGUUUGUGAAGAAGUCCCGAGAACAAGAACCAGAGAUGGAUGAGGCGGAGACUGAAGUGUCUGACCCUAGACUCAAGAGGCUCAUGAACAGGAGCAGUGAGGACCAGGAGGAGAGGUAUCAAAGGCACAGAGCGAUCGUGGAGCCUCAGGUGGUGGCUGAGAGCAGUGAGGAUUCGGAAGAGGAGCCGGUUCCAUCCAGAGCGAGGCUUCGGGAGCGAGAGGAGAGCAGUGAAGAAGAAGAGGAGGAGGAGGAGCUUGAUGAAGAGGAGAUUGAGCGGCGGCGGUCGAUGAUGCGGCAGCGGGCUCUGGACAGAAAGUUGGAGGAACAGGAAGUGAUGGAGGUCGAGGAGGAAGGAAAAUCCGACCAAUCAGAGUCCGAGUCUGAGUACGAGGAGUACACCGACUCUGAGGAUGAAGCUGAACCACGUCUGAAGCCUGUCUUCAUCAGAAAGAAAGACAGAGUGACUGUGGCCGAGCGCGAGAUGGAGGAGCAGCGUCAGAAAGAGGUGGAGCAGGAGCAGAGGCGGUUGGUGGAGGAGAGGAGGAGGUACACAUUGAAGAUCGUAGAGGAGGAGGCUAAGCGAGAGUUUGAGGAGAACCGAAGGAACGUGGCAGCACUGGACGCUCUGGACACUGACCCCGAGAACGAGGAAGAGGAGUACGAAGCCUGGAAGCUACGGGAGCUCAAGAGGAUCAAGAGGGACAGAGAGGCCAGGGAACAGAUGGAGCGAGAGAAGGCGGAGGUGGACCGCUUCCAUAGCAUGACAGAGGAGGAGAGACGUGCUGAGCUCAGAGUUCAGGGCAAAACCGUCACCAACAAAGCUCCAAAAGGAAAGUCGAAGUUCCUCCAGAAGUACUACCACCGAGGAGCCUUCUAUAUGGAUGAAGAGGACGAGGUUUAUAAACGAGACUUCAAUGCUCCCACUCUGGAAGACCACUUCGACAAGACCGUGCUGCCUAAAGUCAUGCAGGUUAAAAACUUUGGCCGCUCAGGGCGUACUAAAUACACUCAUCUCGUGGAUCAGGACACAACGUCGUUUAACUCUGCCUGGUCUCAGCAGAGUUUACAGAGCAUCAAGUUCCUCAAACAGAAAACACCUGGAGGCAAAGACAAGGAGCAGUUUGACCGACCAUCUGUGAGCAAGAGAAAGGUCUAGACCAGGACCGAGACCAGGACCGAGACCAGGACCGAGACCAGGACCGAGACCAGGACCGAGACCAGGACCGAGACCAGGACCGAGACCAGGACCGAGACCGAAAUGUGAUUAAACCAGUGGAGUCCACAGUGUCCAGGUGACCUCUCAGACAAAGUCCCUCUGGAGCCUGGACUGGACCAGACCAGUUUAACUCAGAACUGUAAAUAACAGGCUAAAAUUAUGUCUGCGUAAAAAGUUUCAUAAAAUGUGCAUUUGUAGAAUUUUUGUGUUGAUCAAAACUUUUGUUUUUUGAAUAAAUACAGUUGAUUU